AAGAGAAAAAAACUAGACUAUUUUCUUUCUCCUUGGAAAAGCAAGGAAAGAGAGAGCGAGCGAGCGAGCGAGAAAAUUAUACUACCACCACCACUACUGCUCUCUCUCUCCACUGUCCAGCCAGGCAGCCACGGACACCAAGGCAGGCAGACGGGGAAGAGGAGCGAGAAAGGGAUGACCUCGGCGUGCUGAGCUGAGCUUGCCAUAGGUGUGCGGUGCGGCGCUGCAUUGCGGUCGGCGACAAGGAUCGUCUGCCUGCGUCUCGGAUCUUGGCAAGAAGCUGAGCUCGGCAGACUGCUGCUGGCCAUUGGCCUGCCCGUCCAGCGCCGCCCUGCGUGAUCUGCUGCGCGCCACCGCGCGCGCGCCGCCGCCCCUCUUCGUUGCGUGGGUGCGAGGGUUCGGAUCUUGAGGCGGUCGCUGUCGCGAGCCUCCCCUCUCCUCUCCUCCUCCUCCCCAGGGUAGGGUGGGUGGCAGCUCCCGCCCAUUCAACCGGUGGUUCGCUCCGCGCCUGAUUGGGGACAGCCGGCCGACCGCGUAGGGAGGAGAUCUGCCCGUCGCCGCCGACCUGCAGAUCCCCUGCCUGCGCCCACGCCCACGCUGCACUGCUGUCGAGAUACUUCCGGAGGCUCGCGCUGGCCGUCGGCGCGGAUCCAUUCAUGCCGCCGCAGCCGGCCACGUCGGCGUACGCCGUGCCGCACGGCCAGCCGCAGCCACAGCCCGCGCCGCGCCCGCCAGGCUGCCCCUACUCCUCCUCCGCCUCGGCGCCGCCCGUCUCCACCUCCUACCACUCGCUGCCCCCAGCGACAUCCCCUCCGCCGGUAAGCAGCCCCCCUCCAGCCUCCCCGCCGCCCUCGCCAUCGCCCUCGUCUCCCCCGCCCGAGCCGACAUUGCCGCCGCCACCAGCAUUGUCGCCCCCACCACCAGACGCUCCACCUCCAACCGUCCCACCACCGCCCUACGCCGAGCCGCAGGCGCCGCCGCCGCCAACGGCGACCGACCAGCCGCGCGUGCAGCCCCGCGUGUACCCUUCGCCGCCGCCCCCAUCCCUCCCCCCGCCCCCGCCCGUAGCCGUCUCGCCACCUGCCCCGCCUCCAUCCCACCCACCAUCGCCCUCGCCCGCUCCAUCCCCAACACCCGCACCCGCGCCGGUCGCGGCCUACUCCCCUCCGCCCCCGCCGCGAGUCGCCCCUCCCCCACCGCCGCCCCACCACCCCAGGCCACAUUACGUCACCUCGCGCUCGCCCGUGAGGCCGCAUUCAAACUCCACCCGCUCGCCUCCCGGCAACAACAUCGAGAUAUCCAGGGGCACGGCCACCACCAUUGUGGCGGUUGCCAGCCUCGCCAUGCUCAGCUUCAUCGGCGCCACCAUCUGGCUCGUCAAGAAGAAGCGCCGCCGGGGAGAGCCUCCUGCAGCGGGACUGCCGACGCAGCAACCACCUCCCCCGCCGCCGCCCAAUUACAUUCCCUCCUCUGCUGCAUCCUCGCUAGCAUCAGACGGGUUCUACUUGCGAUCACCGGGGUAUCCAUUCAUGAGGUCCAGCACCGGGAGCCAUGGCUUCCCGUACUCGCCGGCCGACUCCGGGAUAGGCUACUCCAGGAUGCUCUUCACGCCGGAGAAUCUGUCAGCAAUCUCAAAUGACUAUGCGGAGGAGAACCUUUUGGGAGAAGGUGGAUUUGGGUGUGUCUACAAGGGCAUCUUGCCGGAUGGUCGACCUGUGGCUAUCAAGAAGCUUAAGAUUGGGAAUGGGCAGGGCGAGCGAGAGUUCAGGGCCGAAGUUGAUACUAUCAGCAGAGUACAUCAUAGACAUUUGGUUUCACUGGUAGGUUACUGCGUAUCUGAGGGCCAGAGGAUGCUUGUUUAUGACUUUGUUCCCAAUAACACCCUCUAUUAUCAUCUCCAUGUAAAUGAAGUACCACUUGAUUGGCGUACGAGGGUUAAGAUUGCGGCUGGAGCAGCUCGUGGAAUUGCUUACCUGCACGAAGAUUGUCAUCCUCGGAUUAUACAUAGGGAUAUUAAAUCAUCUAAUAUUUUGUUGGAUAACAACUUCGAAGCUCAGGUUUCUGAUUUUGGGCUUGCAAGGUUAGCGGGUGACACCAAUACACAUGUCAGUACGCGUGUUAUGGGAACAUUUGGGUAUUUGGCUCCGGAGUAUGCAUUGUCAGGCAAGUUGACAGCAAAAUCUGAUUUAUAUUCUUUUGGAGUGGUUCUUCUGGAACUUAUUACUGGAAGAAAACCUGUUGACUCUUCUCAGCCGCUGGGAGAUGAGAGUCUUGUCGAAUGGGCUCGGCCCUUUCUCACGGAUGCAAUUGAACAUCGAGUAUUUGGUGACCUUCCUGAUCCAAGGAUGGAAAACAAGUUUGAAGAAAAUGAGAUGUUUCACAUGAUAGGAGCUGCAGCUGCAUGCAUUCGGCAUUCUGCAGUGAUGAGACCUCGAAUGGGGCAGGUGGUAAGAGCAUUGGAUAGUUUAGCCGACUCUAACCUAAACAAUGGCCUUCAACCUGGCCGGAGCGAGGUAUUCUUAGAACCACGAACGGAAGAGAUUAGAUUGUUCCAGCUGAGAGAAUUUGGCAGCCGGGAUUGUAGUGACGACUUGAGCCAAGCUAGCUGGAGAAGUCGGAGAGAUCUGUAAAGAGCGUCGGUACACGAUCAUUAACAAUUUUUUUGGUCAUUCUUUACAUGUAAUUAUCUCUUUUACAUGAUUUUUUUUCUCCCUGACCGCAAUUCUUGUUCCCCUCGAAGUAAAUUUUGCAUUCUUUCAGGAGUUAAGUAAAUUCCUUCUUUCUUUUUCUGGUGAAAUGAAGAAUAUACAGAAAGUUUGCCUUCUGGCAUUCCCAGAUAAAAAUAACUGUAAUAUGUUCUCUGUU